GGGCGGCGCCGCGCCCCCGCCGCUCCGGGCUGCGGGCGGCCCCCGACGCAGGGCGGGUCUCCCGGCGAAGAGGGUCGCCAGACGCGGAGUCUCCCUGGGACGGACGGAGAGACGGAGGGAGGGACCGGCCUGGGCACGCAGAUGGGCCUGGGGGCGCCUCUCGCCUCGCCGGCCGCGCACCGGGCGCCGGGACCGCUGCGGAGGGGACGGAGCGGCGAGCCGGGGUCCCGCGCCCGCGGACUGGCGGCGGCCUCGGGCGUUCUCCUUUUUCACAAUGGGGGCUGCGUUACCCUGGUGCGCGCCGUGUGCCCAUAUGUCCCAUCCCAAAAGCUGCGGUGGGUGAUUGCUGGCCCGUGAUCGGCACCGGCUCUGACCCGCGACCCCUCUGCUUAGCCUCGGCGACGACAGUCAACCCCAGUCGGCAUUCUUUAAUUCAUCCAGUAGUUCCGUGCCCUCCUCCUCUCCUAGAAAUGUGACUGUGCUGUGAGCGUCCUAAAUAGUGCUUCAAAAGGAAAGGAACCGCAGAAUUCUGUUCAAAACGAAGCUCUCCUGACUCUUCGCAUGGCUGCCUCUUUUCCAUGCUUUGGAUUUCAAUAUAAAAAGUCGCCUCGGGGAGGCCUUCCCUAACCUCCUGGGGAACGAAAGCUACCGGUCAACUAACAAACCUUUAGGAUCCCAAGUGUGGAGACAUCCCAGAAUAAGGCACGAUGUCAUCCGCAGGAGUGGCUGCUCAGGAGAUUCGGGUCCCAUUAAAAACUGGGUUUCUACACGAUGGCCAGGCCAUGGGGACCAUGAAGACCUACUGGGCCAGGCCCAGGGAGUUUGAAAAUAAGUUUUACAAUGUUGACCCAAUAACCAUGGCCUGCAGUCUGAACACUCCUGGUCAGGCGCACCUAACAUCUCUUGGGCGCUCUUCCACAUCUGCUGCGAUGAGCGGCCUGCGCUCUGCAGAAAACGGCCCCUCUCAGAAGCCCAGCUUGACCCCUCUUAUCAUUCCUCUGGGUGAGAACUUGGGACCACAUGAAGAGGAUCGAGUUGUAUGUGGUCUCAAAAAACUCUCGGUCAAUGGGGUGUGUGCUUCUACCCCCCCACUCACGCCCAUAAAAGCCUGCCCUUCCGUUUUCCCCUGCGUGGCUCCGUGCGAGCGGGGUUCUCGGCCCCUGCCGCCGCUGCCGCCCACCUCCAAAGGCCCCUCUCAGGACGAUACAGACUGUGAGGUGGAAUUCUUCACCAGCUCGGACACGGACCGGCUUCUAGAAGAUCGCACGCUGUCUGACUUCAAGUACGACGUCCCGGGCAGGCGGAGCUUCCGCGGCUGCGGCCAGAUCAACUACGCGUAUAUCGAUACCCCCGCUGCGUCCUCCGCGGAUCUCAGCCAGGCCGCCGAGCAAAGCACAGGUGUGCACAGUGCAAACCCUGCUCCCCUUCAGACCCACCGGAGACUGAGAAGGUCUCAUUCGGGGCCGGCUGGGUCCUUUCACAAGCCCGCCAUAAGGAUAUCCGGCUAUCUACACAGAGCUUCUCCCAACUCCGACGAGGACAAACCUGAGGUCCCCCCUCGGGUCCCCAUACCUCCCAGGCCCGUGAAGCCAGAUUACAGAAGGUGGUCGGCGGAGGUCACGUCUAGCACGUACAGUGAUGAAGACAGGCCUCCGAAAGUGCCCCCACGGGAACCUCUCUCGCGGAGUAACUCCCGCACACCGAGUCCUAAAAGCCUGCCGUCUUACCUCAAUGGGGUCAUGCCCCCCACACAGAGCUUUGCCCCCGACCCCAAAUACGUCAGCAGCAAAGCUCUACAAAGACAGAACAGCGAAGGGUCUGCCGGGAAGGUGCCCUGCAUCCUGCCCAUUAUCGAAGAUGGGAAGAAGGUCAGCUCAACGCAUUAUUACCUCCUGCCUGAGAGGCCGCCGUACAUGGACAAAUACGAGAAGUUCUUCCGGGAAGCAGAAGAAGCAGGCAGCCACAGCCAGCCGUCACCUGCUGAAUGCAGUGUCCCCUCAGCCACAGAAAAGCUGGACUCCAAAACAAAAGUGGACCUGGGUGGGCACGUGAAGCGGAAACACUCACCCUAUGUGGUGUCUCCCUAGGCUGUGACUCGUGGGUCAGCAGACGGUGGUCAAGCGAUGUUCCAGUUUGGCUGACGUGCACGGGAAAACGUUUCAGGUUACAGAACAAAACAGUUGAACUCUGUGUUAAAGAGAAAGGCUAAGAGCGGUUGUGAGGCACUGCUAUGCUGAGGAUUCCUGCUUUAGUUAGCACUGGGGAAGGGCCUACCCGAGUCUGUACGCCGGGAGGGCGGGAGGGCAGGCCGGGGAGCCUUCAUAUACGCAUACAUCAUAUACCUUCUGUAUAAACUCGUGGUAUAGCCGUAGACCAUAGUUGCAGAUUAACCAGUUAGUUGCUGUCUUAGAGUAAUAUAUAUUUAGAAUGAUAAAAACUCAAGCUGGAGAAUGGCUCCUGAUAGACUGCAAAUCCAGCAAAUGCAGGAAAAUGCAGUUUAGAUCAAAAAUCAUAAAAAAUUAUUUUUGCUCAGUAAGUUUGAAGAUUUCUGGCUCUUCGGCCUGUCAAUAUUUUGUUUCAUUUAUUUUUGCAAGUUAUCUUUUACAUGGAGGGCAGGGUGUAUGUUCUCACUGUGGCGCUCUCUACCUACCUAGUCUAAAAAUCUUCCCAAGCCCAAAAUACUUCCUGUUUGGUUGAAGGGAGGGAUAGCAGUUUAUUUGGCAACCAUAUUUUCCACCUGCACAUGUCUCACAUCUUGGAAAAUGAGAAGAUAAUAGAGUUAGUACAUUUUCCUUACAGUUCCUGCUUUGUUCCACCCACUGAAACGGCCCGCCGUCGGUCACAUGCGCCUCCCAGAAACGGGGCACCCGGACUGUUCGCUGGUGUUGAGGAUGUUGGCGUCAGCGAGUCACUGUGUGAUCGAGUCACUGCGUGGGGAUGUGUGCUGGGGUUUUUUUGUUUUUGUUUUUUAGACUGUAUUAAUAAACAAGCACAACACAAGCUGGCCUUGUGUUGCUGGCUCCUAUUCAGUAUUUCCUGGGGACUGGUCUGCUUUUUCAGUAAAACACUUCCGACCAAGAGUGCAGUGUGUCUUAAUACCAGAGGUCACAUCAGCAUCGUCUGCUUUUAAAACUCGCACAGCUGGCUGCUCCACUUUGCUGCAGCAAGACCCAUGGCUGGCGCUGCCACUCCCACAGCUUCGGUGUAUUUCCCUUGUACAGUUAAGCGCAGAAGAGAAGGUGCUGGCUAACAGGUACAUUACUGCAACGUUCUCUUAACACUUAAACAAGCUGUUUACAGUUUAAACUGCUGAAUGAUAUUGUUUGAGCUAUUUAAAGCUUAUAUUUUAGUAUGAACUUAAAUGAAGGUUAAAACGUGCUUUAGAAAAAUGCACUGAUUUCUGCAUUAUGUGUACAGUAUUGGACAAAGGAUUUUAUUCAUUUUUGUUGCAUUAUUUUGAAUAUUGUCUUUUCAUUUUAAUAAAGUUAUAAUACUUAUUUAUGAUACCGUUAA